AUGGACAAGUUCUGCAAGAUAAGUGUAGAAGAAAGUGUCAAGAGGAAUCAAGGGACAACUCUCAGCGAAAAGGUUCAAUCAAAAUUGUCAUCUCAACAGUUAGAAGAGAAGAGGAAUAGAGCUUGUGGGUACAUCUGCCAGUUUUUCUAUGAAGUUGGCAUUCCACACAACACUGUGACACUUCCUAGCUUUGCAUGUAUGCUAGUUGCCAUUGGAGAUUAUGGAAAAACCCUUCAAGGACCUAGUGCCUAUGAGAUGAGUGGGCCAUUCCUGCAGAAAAGAAAGAAGAAGAUGCUUGACUCAUUCAAGAACCAUAAGAAAGCAUGGGAGCACACAGGUUGUACGUUGCUCGGAUGUAAAAAAAAUGGGAAAUACAUCUAUGAACUUGUAGACAGGUGUAUUGAAGAUAUUGGGCCAGAAAAGGUUGUUCAAGUGGUGACUGACAAUGCUAGUGUUAAUACAGCAGCUGCAAGUCUGAUGAAAGCAAAGAGACCAUCCAUUUUUUGGACUGGAUAUGCAGCCCAUUGUAUUGAUCUCAUGUUGGAAGAUAUUGGGAAGUUGCCUGUAGUUGAGAAAACAAUUGUCCUAGCAAGGCAAGUGACCGUGUUCUUGUAUGCUCAUACGAGGGUUUUGGCUUUGAUGAGGAAAACUCUUGGAAGAGACUUGGUCCGUGCUGGUGUUACUAGAUUUGCCACGCCUUAUCUCAAUCUAAAAAGUUUGCAAGACAACAAGAAGGAUGUGCUUAAACUAUUCAGAUCAGAGGAGCUAAAUGACAUGGGGUACUUAAAGAAGGACAAGGGUAAGAAAGCUCAAAAGGUUGUGCAAACUGAUUCCUUUUGGAAAGGUGUUGACAUUGCUGUGAAUUUCUUUGAGCCAAUGGCUAAUGUGCUAAGAAGGGUGGAUAGUGAUGUGCCGGCGAUGGGAGUCUUCCAUGGUUGUAUGCUAGAUGCGAGAAAGGAAAUUUGUUUGAGGUUUGACAAUGAUGAGAGUCGCUUCAAAGCUGUUAUGGAUAUCAUUGACAAGAGGUGGGACAACAAACUGAAGACGCCACUACAUUUGGCUGGGUACUUUCUCAAUCCCUACUACUACUAUCCAAACAAGAAUGCGAUCGAGAAUGAUGGAUCAUUCAGAGCAGCGGUCAUCCAUUGCAUUACAAGGAUGAUUCAAGAUAAAAUGUUGCAAGAAGAGAUUAUUGAUGAACUCAACAUAUAUGAAGAAGAGGCUCACUCUUUUGGAACGGACAUUGCCACGCUGCAGAGAAGAAACAAAAAUUUUGAUCCAGGUUAG